GGCAGAGAGGCAGGCUUGUGAGAACCAAGGCGCAGAGCAAGGCGAGAGAACGCACAGCUACAAAGCCUCCCAAUCGAGUUUGACACGAAGGAGACACAACUUCGGAAACCAAGCAGAGCACAAUGAAUCUCACGCAUUUGGUCGCUUGUGGACUAUUGGUGACACUGCUUUCCGUGAGCAUGGAGGCAAAACCUUUGACGCAGUCACAACAGAAGUCCCUGACAAGUUUACUAGGCGAGGAGCUCUCUGAAUAUCUGGCGUCCGGGGAGCGGGACUUGAGGCUUGAAAGUUCGAGAGUGCGGCUCCUCAGGGACCUGCAACUGGACGCCAGGGCUAAAGCGACCUGGGCUCGCAUCCUGAACGAUCACCCCAACCCCAGGAAAUACAAAGGCAUCCACAAGAAAGGCCUGUCCAAAGGCUGCUUCGGACUCAAGCUGGACAGAAUAGGAUCCAUGAGCGGGCUGGGCUGUUAGAGCCACGGCACAGAGUUGGGGAGGCGGACGCUCAUUGGAGGAUGGGUUUUGGACAACUUCGUUUUAUUUGCUCAUCACCCGAGGAAAACAGAACAAUACCAUCCUUAUUCAAGAAACUGAUAGGUUCGAAUUCCGGUACGAAGAAGCGUCUUCACCAGCGUUACUGAAGGUCCUGAAAACCAUCACAUUAAACACAUACACAACAAAACAAAACAGCGGACCGUGUUGUAGAAACUAAUAAGGCAAAUCUGUAUAUUAUUGUCGCUGCUGUACAUUCAUGUAUUUCAUUCCUGCAUAAAUGUAUUUAUGUUUAAAACUAUUUAUAUGUUUAUAAAGAGAUAUUUAUGAAUAUGAGUUUUAUUUAUGUAACAUUUUUUUGAAAUGGAUGCAAACUGCAGGUCAAAUACGUUUGUAACUUUUUGUCUUAAAUAGCUGUAAAUGUUAAAAAAAGAAAAAAGAAACAUUCCACAUGCACUUCCCAGUGUCUUUCAGUUUGUUUUGCGGAAUGCACCUUAAGAACAUAAGAACAUGAGAAAGUUUAUAAACGAGAGGAGGCCAUUCGGCCCAUCUUGCUCUUCUUAGUAGCUUAUUGAUCCCAGAAUCUCAUCAAACAGCUUCUUGAAGGAUCCCAGGGUGUCAGCUUCAACAACAUUACUGGGGAGUUGGUUCCAGACCCUCACAAUUCUCUGUGUAAAAAAGUGCCUCCUAUUUUCUGUUCUGAAUGCCCCUUUAUCUAAUCUCCAUUUGUGACCCCCUGGUCCUUGUUUAUUUUUUUAGGUCAAAAAAGUCCCCUGGGUCGACAUUGUCAAUACCUUUUAGGAUUUUGAAUGUUUGAAUCAGAUCACCGCGUAGUCAUCUUUGUUCAAGACUGAAUAGAUUCAAUUAAUUUAGCCUGUCUGCAUACGACAUGCCUUUUAAACCCAGGAUAAUUCUGGUUGCUCUUCUUUGCACUCUUUCUAGAGCAGCAAUAUCCUUUUUGUAACGAGGUGACCAGAACUGAACACAAUAUUCUAGGUGAGGUCUUACUAAUGCAUUGUAAAGUUUUAACAUUACUUCCCUUGAUUUAAAUUCAACACUUUUCACAAUAUAUCCGAGCAUAUUGUUGGCCUUUUUUAUAGCUUCUCCACAUUGUCUAUAUGAAGACAUUUCUGAGUCAACAUAAACUCCUAGGUCUUUUUCAUAGAUUCCUUCUUCAAUUUCAGUAUCUCCCAUAUGAUAUUUAUAAUGUAUAUUUUUAUUGCCUGUGUGCAGUACCUUACACUUUUCUCUAUUAAAUGCCAUUUGCCAUG